GCAAUUAUGCAAACUUUCUUUAAUGCGUCGAAAACAUAUUUAUAGUGUUCUGUCAGAAGCAGCAGCGCCCCCUAACGGUGACUUUAAAGUUUGGUCUGUUGCUUAGAAACAUAAAGCAAAACAUUGUGGGUUUUAUGCUCAGGUCGAGAGGGGAAACGGCGUCACAGUGCGCAGAGAAAAAGGUAAGCAGCGUUUAUCAUUGCAAUGGAGGAUUCAGUAAUACAGCAGCACCUACACCACUACAAACAGGCCACAGAGUCUGCCCGAGAGGAUCUAGCAGCCCUCCAGGCCAAAUAUCAAAGUCUCAACUUACAGCUGGUGGAUUGCCGGUCCAAGCUUUCCUCUCAAAAGACUACUGUGAAAGACCUGAAAGAGGAAAGUGGCAGGUACAAGGAGACUGAGGCCAGACAGGCAUCUCUUAUCAGUUCCCUCAGGGAGAGCAUUCACAACACAGAACAAGAAAUGAUCUCGAUUGUCUCAUCUAAAAAGAUAACGGAUGUAAAAUUACAAGAGCUUACCAAAGAAAAUGAAGAUUUGAAAAAAAGAGUAUUGCAGCAGGAGAUUCAGUCAAAGCAGUAUAUCAAAGAAUGGAAGAAGACAAAGCAAGAGACUGCUAAUUUGCAGAGGAAGUGUGAGGAUUUUUUAUCCAGACUAGCCAGCAAGCUUUCUGUUAAUUUAGCUGAAAAUGAUAAACCCAUGGAUACAAUUCUGUCUUCGGUGGAACUGUGCUGCAAAGAGAGAGAUAGACAAAAGGCUCAGUUAUGUGCCCUAGAGGAGAGCAUAAAAUCCCAUGAGGUGGAGAGCAAAGCCAGCAGAGAAACAUUAAGAAGAUUGGUUGCUGAUGUGGACCAUGAACAAAACGUCUCAGCCCUCCGAUCAAGUGACCUGAACUCUGCUAGACAGGAACUUCAUGCCAUAUUGCUAAAGAAACAGAGCUUGGAAGUAGACAAUAAAAGUCUGAGAAACAAGCUGCAAGAAAAUGAACUUGCCCUGGUUGCUGCCAGGGAGCGGUGGAACACUUAUGAGACACGGUCUCAGGAUCUGGAACAAAAACUCCUCAGGAGCCAGAAUGAAGCACAGGCACUACACAGUCGCAUGGAGUCCUUUCUCAAAGAAGUGCAAGUUCUGCUUGGAAAUGAGCCAGACACUUCUUUGCCUAAAGAAGAACAUAUUCUGGAGAGACUCGUUGAAGUCUGCAGAAGCGAGAAAAGCAGCACUGAGACUGCUGCUGGGAUGGAGGCAAGACUGGCUGAAGUGUUACAGGAACUUGACAGGCAAUCAGAGCUGCACAGAGCAGCAGAACAGAAGGUUCAUCAGCUUCAGAAAAAGAUGCAAACACUGGAGUUAGAGCUGUUAACUGCAGAAGUGAGCAAAGAUGAGGACAGUCAUGAAAAACAAAUAUACUUAAAGUUCCUGGAGGAUCUUUCAGAGAAAUUGAAAAUUGAGCACAUAGCUGCAGAUCUGGGUUUUGACAUGCGACUUGAGGCCAUACUGACCCGUGCAGAACAACUGACUAGACAGGAGGGAACAGCACUAGUGCAAAACAAAACUCUAGUUUACAGUCUUCAGAAAAAGCUGAAGGAGCAGAAACAGCGCCUAGAGAGUAAGGAAUUGCACAUGGAUCUGCUACGGAGGAAGGUGGCCCACCUGGAUGAAGAGAAAAGAAGUCUUUCAGCUUUGGCCAUAGAGAGGGAUGAUACUGCACUAGCCAGCAAGAAGCUGCAAAAAAAGGUGGCGAGGCUUCAGACUGAGCUUAAUUCCAUGCGGCUUUCCACCACUGACCUGAAGGCCCAGCUUUCUCACACCAAUGAGCUCAAGAUCAGAGUGAUGGAACAGAACAGAACCAUUGAAGAUCAGACUAAAAGUCUGGGAAAACUGGAGAAGAACAAGGUGAAAGUGGAGAAGAGACUUGCAACAGUGAAGACAGAGCUUCAGAAUCAGGAGCACAGAGCCAGGGAUGAACUAGAGCAAACACAGAGACUGCUCCACAGCCAGGCUGCUGCCAUUGCGGAACUCACCCAUAGAGAGAAGAAGCUGCUGGAUUUUUGUACUGUCAUCGCUCAGAUGUUAGGGGUAAAUAUGCCAGCCUCUGUUCACAGCUGUGAGGUUAUCAAGAGGCUCGAGGUUCUCAUUAAUUCAGGUCACCACUUUUCCCUCACCAAACAAUGUGGAGUGCCACAUCAUCAGCGCCACUUGGUGCUGAUCCCAGAUACCUCUGCAAGCUCUGUCAUUACAGCUGGCUCUCUAGUGCCUGAAGGACAAAUGCAGCCUCCACUGAACACUAAAACGACAACCUGAGCAGCAGUGCAGCCAUCAUGUAUCGUAUUUACAAGACACUGCAUUAGGUAUUAUUUUAAAACACAUGUAAUUAAUAAGCAGGUCAAAUAUGGUGCACACUGUGAAUGAAUAAAUUCAGAUUAUUUUAAUAAAACUUUUUCCAUUGAAAUAUUUGCAUAUA